CCCUCUUUCAUCAUUAGCAGCCUUUACCACCAGCGUAGUGAUAGUCUUAGUUACCAUAUUUUAUAACAUAUGCCUAAAUAUUGUAAAUAGUGUUAUAACUAGUGUUGGGGAUUGUAGAUGCUGUCGAGUUAUUGCUUCUGCGGGUCAAAACUCGGGGCAUCAAAUUCCUGGGUAAACAGUGUUGUCUGCAAGGCAUCUCGGGGAAAAUGGUUGUUGUAAACAUGGCGGCCGCAGUGACCAGAAUUCUGUCCUUCAGUAAAAAUGGCAAGGUGGUUGUUUCACCUUUGAAGUUAUUUGCCAUACCUGCUCACCGCUACAGCUUAGAAUUCUCCAGUACUGGCGAGGCGAUCACUCACACCGGACAAGUAUUUGAUGAAAAAGAUCACAGGAGAGCCAGAUUCAUUGGCAGACAAAAAGAGGUGAAUAAGAACUUUGCCAUAAAGUUGGUGGCAGAGGAACCAGUGACCUACGUGGAGACCAGAGUUGUGUUUUGUGAUGGCGGUGGAGGAGCGCUGGGCCAUCCCAAGGUCUACAUCAACCUGGAUAAAGACACAAAAGUGGGCACAUGUGGCUACUGUGGAUUACAGUUCAAGCAGAAGCAUCAUCACUGAAACAUUUCUUCUGUUUUUGCUUCUCUGUACAAAUUGCCAUAUUGGUUAAUAAAUUAUAUCUUGUCUGUGUUC